AUGGUCUUCGUCAAUGAGGUGGCACCCCCAUGGUUCGAUGUGGCGCUGGCCAACUUUGGCGUCCCCAAGUACGGGGCUUUGCUGAGCGGCCAGCUGGUAUACCCGAAUGCGGACGCCUCCUACGGCUGGCAUGCGGUGUGCACCCCGGCAGACUGCAGCUUCGGCUGCCUGCCAUUCAAUGAGAGCACGCCCCCAUUGGUUUUGAAGAAGGAGCCCGGCAAGCGUUACAUCAUGCUGCUGGACAGGGGGCCCCGCGAGGGCACGGUGGACCUGAAGAAGCCAUGCUACUUCUUGGACAAGGCGUGGAACUCCCAGCUUGCGGGCGCAGACGCGGUGCUGGUGGUGAACGACCGCGAGGGCGACCUCAGCACCGCGGUGGUGCCGCAGGACGAGGGCGCGGCCAGGCAGCUUCAGGACCUGACGAUCAGCGCGGGCCUCAUCAGCCAGCAGGACGGCGCUUCCCUCAAGGCUCUGCUCAAGAAGGGGCCCGUCACGGUCGCCCUCAACUGGACAGACCUCAUCCCCAAGGCCCAAAAGGCAGGCGGGCGGCUGGCGCGUUGA